GAUAGUCAUGCAGGAUUUGUUAUGAGUAAGGCGGAAAAUUGUCAGAGGAUCUGGUCAUACUCCUGUUAAAAUUCAGACGAGUUUCGAGGUAAGUCGGUUUUGAAACCUUACCUCACUGCACAGGCAGGCUUCCUCCUCAUCUCAGCACAUCUUGAUUAGAACUGAGUGGACUUGGCUCCGCUCCAACCCAAGGACUACAAAGACCAGCGUGCUUUGCGAGCGGAGCUUGAGCGAAGCUGUCGUUUAGCGCAUCACUUCCGCUGCGCAACCGGGUUCUUUGGCGAGUGUGGCAGUAGAAGGGUUUUGGCUUUUAUGAGGGCCUCCGCUCCAGCUCCAGCUAUGUGGACAGCAGAUGAGAUUGCUCAGCUGUGCUAUGCACACUAUAGUGGCAAACUCCCCAAGCAGGGGAAGCCUGAGCCAGAUCGUGAAUGGACUUUGUUGGCAGCUGUGGUGAAGAUACAGUCUCCAGCUGACCAAACUUGUGACACCACUGGUAAGGAAGUGCAAGUGACAAAGGAAGUUGUCUCAAUGGGAACAGGAACAAAAUGCAUAGGCCAGUCCAAGAUGAGGAAGAGCGGAGACAUCCUCAAUGACAGCCAUGCUGAGAUCAUAGCCCGAAGAAGUUUCCAGAGGUACCUUCUCCAUCAGCUCCAUUUGGCGGCCGUCCUGAAAGAGGAUAGUAUCUUUGUGCCAGGAACUCAAAGAGGACUGUGGACGCUCAGACCUGACCUGUCUUUUGUGUUUUUCUCUAGCCACACACCCUGUGGGGAUGCCUCCAUCAUUCCAAUGCUGGAGUUUGAAGAACAACCUUGCUGUCUUGUCAUCAGAAAUGGGGUCAACAACUCACCUGUGGAAAGGAGUGAUAAUCUAGAGGAUUCCAAAAAUAAAAGGGAUUGUGAAGACCCUGACAGCCCUGUAGCCAAGAAGAUGAAGCUUGGAGCUCCUGCCAGGGCGCUCUCCAGUUGCAUAGCUCACCAUGGGAUGCAGGAAAGUGGUACAAUCAAACCAGAUGUCAGCAGCUCUGAUCUCACCACGGAGGAACUGGAUGCUGCCAAUGGAACAGCUCCAGGUAGUUUCAGAGUGGUAGAUGUGUAUAGAACAGGAGCCAAGUGCGUUCCCGGAGACACCGGAGACUUGAGAAAGCCAGGUGCUGCCUACCACCAGGUGGGGCUGCUUCGAGUAAAGCCUGGCAGGGGAGACAGGACGUGCUCCAUGUCCUGCAGUGACAAGAUGGCAAGGUGGAAUGUCCUUGGAUGCCAGGGUGCACUGCUGAUGCACUUCCUGGAAAAGCCCAUCUACCUGUCAGCUCUGGUCAUUGGGAAGUGCCCAUACAGCCAGGAAGCCAUGAGGAGAGCGUUGACUGGCAGGUGUCAGGAGGCCUUGGAGUUACCCAGAGGCUUUGGAGUUCCUGAACUGAAGAUAGAGCAGUCAGGUUUGCUGUUCGAACAGAGCCGCCAUGCAGUGCAAGUGCGAAGAGCCGACGGAGCGGGCCGGCUCGUGCCUUGUGGGGCAGCUAUCAGCUGGAGUGCUGUUCCUGAGCAUCCUUUGGAUGUGACUGCCAAUGGUUUUCCACAGGGAACAACAAAGAAAGAAAUUGGAAGCCCUCGGGCCAGAUCCCGAAUCAGCAAGGUGGAACUCUUUAGAUCAUUCCAGAAGCUGCUGAGCAGCAUUGCAGAAGACAAGCAGCCGGACUCUGUCAGGGUGCAGAAGCUGGCCACCUACCAGGAGUACAAGGAGGCUGCGUCCGCCUACCAGGAAGCCUGGCGCGCACUCCGAAGGAAACAGCCGUUUGCAUCCUGGAUCAGAAACCCACCUGACUACCACCAGUUUAAGUGAACUCUUGCUCAUAUCAGGACCCUUCAUAUUGACCUGCGUCUCCCUUCAUGCUGAGCACACCUCUGCUUUCCUGGUGGUUCAAUCAGAGAAGAAAGAAGCGCCGUCUUUCGGUGCUGCACCUCCUCGGUGUCCUGUCGAUGGAACCUGGACCUCAUCAAUCUGCACUUGAUUGGAGGAGCUCCUUGCUAAAGUGGCCUCUCCAUACUGACUGGCGCUUCAUUGGUGCUCUAUACUACAACAUCAGAGUUCGGAACAUGACGCUUUUUAAAGUGAUCUGCAGCAGCCCUGGCUUAUGUUGUCCUACACUGAUUCGGCAAAUGUUUAUUGGGCUGAAAUGAUAUUAGAAUGUCUGGAAACUUUGCAGCUUCUCCUGGAGUAGUGAACAUGUAUUUCAUAUUCCCAGCCUUCCUUUGGGAACCAUCAUUUCUCAGUCCUCAGCAAUCAGCUGUAGUUGAAGUUAACUUUACUCUCAGGCUCAGCACAGGACUAGCCUUGGAAAGCUCUGUUCUCAGACCUAUCAAGAAAGGUUCGUUUGUUUUUUUUUGGUUUUUCGAGACAGGGUUUCUCUGUGUAGCUUUGCGCCUUUCCUGGAACUCACUUGGUAGCCCAGGCUGGCCUCGAACUCACAGAGAUCCGCCUGGCUCUGCCUCCCGAGUGCUGGGAUUAAAGGCGUGCGCCACCACCGCCCGGCUGUUUGUUUUAAGACAGAGUCUUACUUUGUAGCUGCACUAUCCUUGACUUUCAGCCCUGCAUCAGCCUUCCAAGUGCCAAGAUGAUAGGCAUGAGCCACCAUCAUAACUAACCCAAAAUAUAUCAUUCUCUCUUUCCCUCCCUCUCUCCCUCUCCUUCCUCUUCUUCCUACCUUUUCUUCUUGAGACAGGAUCCCCUCCUUAGCCCAGGCUGGCCUUCAACUUACUAUGCAGCCAAGGAUGACCUUGAACUCUGAUCUUCCUGCCUCUGCCUCCAAGUGUAACACUAUAAUUGCUUCCAGUAUUCUCCUCUGAUCGGUGUCGUGAGGGCCACUAUAAUCUUGUAACUGCCAGUGGUCACCAUCUUUUCCUACCACACAGAGACAGCCAGCUGAGGAUAAAGGUAGCUGGCAUGGACCGUU